UCCAAAUGACGUUUUUACAACUGAAGAUUCAAUGGUUGAAAAGAUUCGGUGGGACGGAUGCCAAUGCAAGUACGUCCAAAAUGCUUGGAAAAUUGAUGUCAAACCCACUAGCUCAGCAAUACAGUUGGGCUGGAUUUAAAGGGAAAAAAAUUUUCAAAGAGUUACGAUUGGUCCGGCUUGUGAUGAAAACAGUACGGGUAAGAGUGCCAGGAGCAUCAGAUGUAAUAUUCGCGGAGAUAAUAAGUAAGUGGCUUGCUCAAGCGAAACUGAGAAAUAUGAGGGAUGUAGCCAAAACUACAAAACAGAAUAAAUCUGCUGCAACAAAAGCUGUAAACCGUACUAAGGAAGCUGCAAACGGUGAAAACCGUCUUAAGGAAACUGCAAGCGCUGAGAACCGUACUAAGGUAGCUGCUACUGCAGAAAACCGUACUGAGGAGGCUGUAAGUUCUGAAGAAGAUACAGCCACAAAUUCUGAGUCACUAAGUGGACCGUGAUCUCAUCAGAAUGUCACAGUGGAAAGGUCACACUAGCAGAAGAGAUUGUUUGAAAUUAUUCUUGCAAAUAUGAAUCACUUAUUCCUGAAACAACCAAAGUCACAUUUUACAAGUGAUUUUUUUUAUCUAUUCUUAUUUAGUGUUCAGGAAAUAGAAAAUUUUUGA